AUGAGCAAGUAUGGCACCCUGGUUAUGGGCCCGGCCGGUGCGGGCAAGUCGACCUUCUGCACCGCUCUGAUCCAGCACCUCCAAAACACCAAGCGCCCGUGCUUCUACGUCAACCUCGACCCGGCCGCCGAGGAGUUUGCCUUUGAGCCCGACCUCGACAUCAAGGACCUCAUCAGCCUCGAGGAUGUCAUGGACGAGAUGAGCCUCGGCCCCAAUGGCGGCCUCAUCUACUGCUUCGAGUUCCUCAUGGAAAACCUCGACUGGCUCACCGAUCCCCUCGAGGAAGUCACCGACGACUACCUCAUCGUCUUCGACAUGCCCGGCCAGAUCGAGCUCUACACGCACGUCCCUAUCCUGCCGGGCCUGGUCAAACAUCUCAUGUCGGGCUCCCUCAACAUGCGCAUGUGUGCCACCUACCUCCUCGAAGCCACUUUCGUCGUCGACCGUCCCAAGUUCUUCUCUGGCACUCUAUCUGCCAUGAGCGCCAUGAUGAUGCUCGAAAUGCCCCAUAUCAAUAUACUGAGUAAGAUGGAUCUCGUCAAGGGCCAAGUCGCUAAGCGUGACCUGAAGCGCUUUAUCGACGUAGACGCGGAUCUGAUUGACGACGACCCUGCGCGCAAAAAGGCGUCGCCAGAGGAAGAGAGUAAAUACAGAGACCCGGCGUCGACGGAGAGCCUUAUGAGCGGCUCGUCGUUCCAUAGGCUUAACAAGGCGGUUGCAGAGCUCAUUGAUGGCUUCAGUAUGGUCUCCUUCCUCAAACUUGACGUUCAGGACGAGGAUAGCCUAGCCGCCGUAUUAAGCUAUAUUGAUGAUGCUAUACAAUUCCACGAGUCGCAGGAACCAAAAGAGCCGAGGGACAUGGAGCCUGAGGCAGACAUGUAG